CGUGUCUUAGUCGUCUGUGACGCGUUCCGCACGUUUCAUCGAAGUACCCGGAUUUGCUGUAUUCUUCGAGGAGAACUGUAGAUGGUAAACGGAAUAUAUUUUCUUUCAACACAAAUGUAUUUCUGUGACAACACUAUAAAUCUGGAACAUCAGUUCCAUCAAGGAUGGCAAAACUCAUCUACUAAUUCAGGUUUUCUGUCGAAUAUUUGGCAAGGAUUUGACCGUCCUUUCCAGUACAGAAACAGAUGAAAUAUUGGUUCUAGCUCUAACCUCGUGCUGACUAUUUACUGUGUGUCUAAAAAUCCUAGGUGCAGUCAAACCGGUUUAGAAGGCACAUAGUUGGUUGCAUCUGCUGCUUUGUUAGAAUUAUCACUGUGAUUCUGCAAAUGAAUGUCAUAAAUGAUGAUCCCACAGAAACAGAAACGGAUAGACCUGCAGGCAAUUCCAAAGCCCUUGCUUUGGCAGUGUGCUCGGCUGCCAUCGGUGGCACUUUUCAGUAUGGCUACAACCUCUCCAUCAUGAACGCCCCCACCAAUCACAUCCAAAGGUUCAUCAAUGACACCUACUGGGAGCGCUGGGGCGCCAGCCUGGACACCUCCAAGGUGACGCUGUUCUGGACUGUAAUCGUGUCUGCCUUCUCCCUCGGGGGACUGGCCGGGGCACUGCUGGCGGGACCAAUGGCUGUCCGGUUUGGCAGAAAGAAUUCACUGCUUCUCAAUAACUUGUUCCUGUUUCUUGGUGCAGUCCUAGCUUUGUCCAGCAGGACGGCGAGGUCCGUUGAGAUGAUCAUCUUGGCCCGCUUGCUGGUUGGAGUCAACGCUGGGAUGAGCAUGAACAUCCAGCCCAUGUAUUUUGCGGAGAGCGCUCCCAAACACCUGCGGGGCGCUGUGGCUUUCUCCUCUGCAGUGUUCACUGCAUUUGGGAUCUUCAUGGGUCAGGUGGUGGGUUUGACAGAGCUUUUGGGUACCGAGCCCCUCUGGCCCUACCUCCUGGCCAGCAACACCCUCCCAGGCAUUCUCCAGCUGCUCACCCUGCCCUGGUUCCCUGAGAGUCCUCGUUACCUACUGAUGGACCUUGGUGAUAAGGAAGCGUGUGCUGAGGCUCUGACUAGGUUCCGCGGAAAGGGCACCAUCAGUUUGGAGAUGGAGGAGAUGCUGCAAGAGCAGGUGGAUGCUGGUGGGGCUCUGGCUAAGAGUCAGACUCCCUGGGACCUGUUCUCUGACCGCUCCCUUCACCCCCAGUUAUGCACCAUCAUGGCGACUAGCAGUGCAAUGAUGCUGUGUGGUAACGACUCCAUCUACUUCUACGCCACGUACAUAUUCCUACAAGCUGGAAUCCCUGUGGAGAAGAUCCAGUAUGCCUCCAUUGGCACGGGGGCCUGUGAAUUUACUGCCGCUGUCAUGAGUAACCUGCUGAUUGAGCGUGUGGGACGCAAGAUGCUCCUCAGUGGUGGAUAUGCCCUCAUGGCAGUCUGGGCACUGGUAUUCACCCUGGCACUGACCCUCCAGGGCUACUCAGUCCCAGGGAUGCCCUACCUCAGCAUGGCCUGUGUUUUCUGCUACAUCCUAAGCUUCGGCAUUGGCCCUGCCGGAGUGACCGGAAUCCUCCCCGCUGAGAUCUUUGACCAGACGGCUCGACCGGCUGCCUACAUGGUGGCCGGGUCUCUGAUGUGGAUCAACCUCUUGAUAGUCGGAAUGGCUUUCCCCUUCAUAGUGAGUUACCUAGGCGCCAUCUGCUUCGUCCCGUUCAUUGGUGUCUGCGUGGUGGCCUCUCUGUUUGUGGGCCUCACACUGCCUGAGACCAAGGGCAGGACACUGGCGGAGAUCACAGCAGAGUUUGAUAGGAGGCAUCCUGUGAAGAUGCAGGGGGCUGAGCCCAUGAAGCAGCACUAUCAACUGGAUGACAGAGUAAUUGCCUUGCGAGAGGUCACCAUACCAACGGGGAUCGAGGCCACUACAGUUAAACAGAUCAUAACACAUUCAUUUGGAUUAAAUUCUGCUGAUGUGCCACUGACAUUUAAGAUAAGAAACCAUCGGGGUUGUCUGAUUCCUUUGAACAGCUAUAUACCAGUGAACAGCAAGCGAAUGCCAUAUGUUCUGGAGGUGUCAACAGUCUUUCAGCAUGUCAUUCCAAAACCACGGACUGUUGCCAUGACAGUGAUCAAUAAAAGUAUACGAACACGACUACAGAGUGCGGUCAGAAGGAUUGUGAGACUUGAAGAACUGUUUCCUCAGAUUAAAUUAAGACGUCAUGAGAAAAUUUAUCAGGAAAUAGAGUUAAUGAACCAACAGUUGAUAUUCCUUCAUAAAAGAAUGCAGAUGGCUGAUUCUCACAACUGGAUGGGAAUGUUCAUUAGAAUGCCUAUGUGGUAAAUGUUUUUAGGUAGCAGAAAAUUAUUUUAAAUGGCAUCUGGCAAAUGUACACCCAGGGUUGGGUAGGUUACUUUUUAAAUGUAAUCCUUUACAGUUACAAGUUACCUGUCCACAUUUGUAAUCAGUAACGUAUGUUUUAGAUUACUCAAAAUCAAUGAAUUACUUUCAUACUUUCACAUAAUACUUUCAUAUAACCCCAAAUCGAAGGAUGUUUUAACUUUUCUGUUAUUUGUUUUAUUCAUGUUUCUCAUUGCUUCAAAACACUGGUGAAAAAUAA